CAAACGUCUUGGAUUACGUCGCGGGGACGUAGCAGUCGGACUCGCUCUUGACACGUGACCGGGAGAGUAACGCUAUGGCCGAGGAAGCGGUGACAGCAGCGAACAGCGGGCUCGUCCGCAGAGCGCUCUCUGCUGUCGGUGUCCACGGGCUGGUGAGCAGCGCGUGGGGCUACGUGGACACCACAAUAAAGUGGUGGUGGUGGAUCCCCAGCCGGCUGCCGUCAUGGUGUCCCACCUCUCAGAUCCAGCUGCAGACUGCAGAGGACAUGAUGCUGCGACGUAUAGGAAGCUCUUUCUCAAAAAGGCAUGUCCCUGUCUCCAACGGCAACCUGCUGUGGACUCUGAUCUUCAGCAACGACCGCGUCAAAGACAAGACCCCCAUGGUCCUGCUGCAUGGUUUUGGAGGAGGCGUGGGCCUCUGGGCUCAGAACCUGGACGCGCUCUCCCAGCGGCGGCCCGUCUUUGCCGUGGACCUGCUGGGCUUCGGGCAGAGCAGCAGGCCCCCGUUCUCCGUGGACCCCUGCGCAGCCGAGAACCAGUUUGUGGAGUCUAUAGAGCAGUGGAGGGCCGAAAUGGGUCUGGAGUCUAUGAUUCUGCUGGGACACAACCUGGGAGGGUUCCUGGCUGUGUCGUACUCUAUCAAAUACCCUGGCAGAGUGAAGCACAUGGUGCUGGUUGAGCCCUGGGGUUUUCCUGAGAGCCCGGACCCAGCAGAAGCCGACCGUCCCAUCCCAGUAUGGAUCAAAGCCCUCGGGGCCAUGUUCAGUCCCUUCAACCCGCUGGCCGGCCUGAGACUGGUUGGACCACUAGGGCCCACCCUAGUCCAGACUCUGAGGCCCGACUUCAAGAAGAAGUUCUCCUCCCUGUUCGCUGACAACACGGUGGCAGAGUACAUCUACCACCUGAACGUGCAAACCCCCAGUGGGGAAACGGCCUUUAAGAAUAUGACCGUAAACCACGGCUGGGCCGCGAGGCCGAUGCUGCACAGGAUGGACCAGCUUCAGCACCCGAUCCCCAUCAACAUUAUCUAUGGAUCCCGGUCCAGCAUAGACAGCAACUUGGGCAGCACCAUCAAAGAGAUGAGGCCUCAAGGCACCAUGGAGAGCAUAACGAUCCGUGGAGCCGGACACUAUGUGUACGCUGACCAGCCCGAGGACUUUAACCACAGAGUCUUGCAAGCGUGUGACGGAGUGGUUUGAAGCAGAGACGAAUCUUGGUUACUGAACCGGAGGAAAAAGGGGAGGACCAAGAACAGACUGAACUUCAGCAGGAAACACAGGAUUCCUUUUCCUCAAAGCGGGAAUAUUUUAUAUCACAUGAAAGCAAUUCAAGUGUGGAUAGUGAGGAAACGCAAUGAGACUCAAUAUCUUAGCAGUCUUAAAUAUGGUAUGAAGAUCUCAUGUUUUGUCGCACCUUAAAGCAAACUGAAACAGUUCUGGUGUCAUGUGACGGGUGCUUCCUUUAUGGAGCUCAAACUGCAGGUAGUGGUUUCUCCACACGAGUCUGAUGCUGACAGGAAGAAGUCCUUCAGCUCGUCCUGUUUCAUCACGGCUGUCCUUUGCAUUUUUGUAGGCUUUUUGUGCUCUACUGCACAAUAUAAUUCAACUGCAUUAAUUAGGAAUGUGGCCCUGGCUGGAUUUAUUGAACAAGACUGUUAAAAAACAUCUUAAACCAUUUUAGUAAAACUUGCUUCUUAUUGCUAAACUCAACUGGAGCUUUAUACUGUAUAUCCAUUUACACUGCAGCUUUCUACCUGCAUUCUCUCUAAUGGCCAGCAGGGGCGAAUCCUCCAGGACUGUGGUCUUGUGGAAGUCUACAAGAAAGUGACUACUACUCUCUUCAUUUAUUAACUCAACAUGAGUUUAUGGUUUCAAACGUCUUCUUUAAGCUUUUCUGAUGUUCAUUCAGUAAAUUAUUGUUGCAAAUCCAAGAGGUUUGAGAUGCCUUGGAU